UCAUCUUUACCAAAAAAAGCAAAAACCCCGUUUUCUCGUUUCUCUUCUUACCCUGCUUUCAAGGCUCCUCCGCCUAAAAUCCAAUUAACCAAGAACUGUCCUCCUUCCCUCGAUUUUGAAAAUAAAAAAAAAAAGUUAUACUCCGAACAAAGAGAGAGAGAGAGAGAGAAAAUGGAAGACGAAGAGGACAAACCCAUUGAAAUGGAAGAACAACAACAAGAUGCAGUAGAAAAGGCUUCUCCUUCUGCUUCCGAUGAUUCUUUUAUUAACGAUGAUGAUGAUUCUGAUGAUGACAAUCAACAAUCUCCUCCUGAGGAACCAUUAACUGAUAAGGAAAUUGAGGAGCUCAUUGCUGAGCUUUUAGAAACUGAGAGUAAGGCUGCAGAGGCUCAAGAGGCUUUAGAAGAAGAGUCAAUAGCUAAAGUCGAGGCUGAUGUUAGGGCUGAGUUGGCACAAUCUCUUUCAGGGGAUGAGUUGGAAAAAGCUGUAGCUGAUGAAAUGGCAAUCUUUAAAGAAGACUGGGAAAAUGUUCUUGAUGAACUGGAGACUGAGAGUGCUCAUUUGUUGGAGCAACUGGAUGGUGCUGGUAUUGAACUCCCUAGUCUCUAUAAGUGGAUAGAGAGUCAGGCUCCUAAUGGUUGCUGCACUGAAGCAUGGAAAAACAGGACUCAGUGGGUUGGUUCUGAAUUGACAAAUGACAUCACUGGAGCAAUUGCUGACGCUGAGAAGUAUCUUCAGAUCCACAGGCCUGUAAGAAGGCGGCAUGGAAAAGUUUUGGAGGAGGGUGCCAGUGGUUUCUUGGCAAAAAAACUUGCUGGAAAUGAUGGCAGUGAGGCUCAGGGAGGGAGCAGUGAUGUAGAUUGGGGCUCUUUCAGCAAAUUAUGUUCUGAUAACUCGUCAUCAUCCAUGGGUACCAAUUCAUUUGGCAGCAAAGAUUGGGCCUCUGUUUACCUCGCUAGUACACCACAACAAGCUGCUGAACUGGGACUAAAAUUUCCUGGAGUGGACGAGGUUGAGGAGAUUGAUGAUAUUGAAGACAGUUCUGUUGAUCCAUUUGUUGCAGAUGCCAUUGCAAAUGAAAGAGAGCUAAAUCUUUCUGAAGAGCAAAAGAGGAAGUAUAAGAAGGUUAAAGAGGAAGAUGAUCUAAAAAUUGAUCUGAAGCUUCGGAGACGUUUAAAACAAAGAAGACACAGGAACAUGCAGAAAUUGGAGGAGAUACAGGAAGAUACAACAGAUGACAUGAACGGUUCCUUGUCUCAAGAUGUUGACUUUCACACAAAUAGGUAUUCCACUAUUGAUGAUGGGGAUGCGCUAUCAUCAAAAUGCCUACCUGAAAUUGAUUCUGAGGCCAAAGGGUUGAAACGUGUACAUAACUUUGAGGAAAUGGAGGCUCAAAGUAAAAAGCCUCGGAUCAUUACGCUAGAUAGUGAUGAGGAGGAUCUUCCUGGGGAAAAGUUGUCUCCUACAUGCAGUUUGAGUGAGACGGGAGAUCAGUCCAAUCCACAAAGGAAUGGAGAUGAUGUGCUUCCCAUUAGUUCUCUUCCGACAUUUAAUGAGAAGCAAAAUUUUCGCUGCACGGCUUGUGAUAAAGUGGCUGUUGAACUACGUGCACAUCCUCUUUUGAAAGUUAUAGUUUGCCUGGACUGCAAAAACUCAAUGAAAGCAAAGAUGCAGGAUGUUGAUUGCUCAGAAUGCUACUGCAGAUGGUGUGGGCGUUGCAGUGAUCUCUUAAGUUGUAAAUCGUGCAAAAGGUUAUUUUGUAGUGUGUGUGUAAGGAGGAACCUUGGUGAAGAAACUUUAUUGGGAAUAAAAAUAUCUGGUUGGCAAUGCUGCUGUUGCUCCCCAAGUAUCCUGCAUCCAUUGGUUUCAGAGUUGGAGAAGAUCAUGGAAUCUCAGGGAUUAGUAGAUUCUAGCACAGACACAGAUUCAGAUAAUUCAGAUGCUUCAGAUGCUGAUGUCAAUGGGCAUAGAAGCACGAAGAGAAGACGAAAAAAGAAAAUUAGAAGAAUCCUUGAUGAUACUGAGUUAGGGGAGGAGACAAAAAGGAAAAUUGCAAUAGAAAAGGAACGCCAAGAACGCCUCAAAUCUCUGGGUGCAAAAUAUUCGAGCGAGACUAUGUUCAUGAAUUCUGGGGCUUGUUGCAAAACCUCGUAUGAAAGUGGUAGCUUAGAAAUGCUCGGUGAUGUUGAAACUGGUUACAUAGUUAAUGUGGUGAGGGAGGACGGGGAAGAGGCAGUAAGGAUUCCACCCAGCAUCUCAGCAAAGCUGAAAGCCCACCAGGUUGCUGGGAUUCGUUUUAUGUGGGAAAAUAUUAUUCAAUCUAUCAGGAAAGUCAAGUCUGGAGAUAAAGGCCUUGGUUGCAUCCUAGCUCAUACUAUGGGUCUAGGCAAAACAUUUCAGGUGAUUUCUUUCUUGUAUGCCGCUAUGAGAAGUGUGGAUUUAGGAUUGAGAACUGCUCUCAUAGUCACGCCUGUAAGUGUUCUGCAUAACUGGCGGCAGGAAUUUAUAAAAUGGAGACCAUCAGAAUUGAAGCCUCUCCGUGUCUUUAUGCUUGAAGAUGUUCCAAGGGAGAGAAGGGCCGAGUUGCUAAAAAAAUGGACAUUAAAAGGUGGUGUAUUCUUAAUUGGCUAUACUGCUUUCAGAAAUUUGUCACUUGGGAAGCACAUAAAGGAUCGUCACGUGGCCAGAGAAAUUUGUCAAGUCCUUCAGGACGGGCCUGAUAUACUUGUUUGUGAUGAGGCUCAUAUUAUCAAGAAUACCAGAGCUGAUGUAACUCAAGCCUUGAAACAAGUCAAGUGCCAGAGAAGGAUUGCAUUAACUGGAUCUCCUCUUCAAAACAAUUUGAUGGAGUACUACUGUAUGGUUGAUUUUGUAAGAGAAGGAUUUCUUGGCAGCAGUCAUGAAUUUAGAAACCGCUUUCAGAAUCCGAUAGAAAAUGGUCAACACACCAAUUCUACAGCUGACGAUGUUAAGAUUAUGAAUCAGCGGUCUCAUAUUCUCUAUGAGCAAUUGAAAGGAUUUGUUCAAAGAAUGGACAUGAAUGUCGUAAAGAUGGAUUUGCCGCCAAAAACUGUCUUUGUGAUGUCAGUAAAGCUUUCUCCUCUACAGCGAAAAUUGUAUAAAAGAUUUCUAGAUGUUCAUGGCUUCACAAAGGACAAGGUCUCUGGUGAGAAGAUAAUGAAAAGAUCCUUUUUUGCCGGGUAUCAAGCCUUGGCUCAGAUAUGGAACCAUCCUGGGAUUUUGCAACUGAUGCGAGAAACCAGAGCCUGUAGUAAGCCUGAGGAUGCUGUUGAGAAUUUUCUUGCUGAUGAUUGCUCAAGUGAUGAGAACACAGAUUAUAAUACUGUUCCUGGAGAGAAGUUGAAUAGCAACAAUGAAGCUCUCAGAAAAAAUCAUAAUGGCUUCCUUCAUGGGGAUUGGUGGAGCGAUCUUCUAGAAAAUAAUUGCAAAGAAGUUGAUUAUAGCGGCAAAAUGGUUCUGCUACUCGACAUCCUGACAAUGAGCUCCAAUGUUGGUGACAAAGCACUUGUGUUUAGUCAGAGCUUGUUAACUUUGGAUCUCAUUGAACUAUAUCUUUCAAAACUAUCGCGCCCAGGGAAAAAGGGGAAGUACUGGAAGCGACGGAAAGACUGGUACAGGAUUGAUGGAAGAACAGAAUCAUCUGAAAGGCAGAGACUUGUUGAUAGUUUUAACGACCCAUUAAAUAGAAGGGUUAAAUGCGUUUUAAUAUCUACUAGAGCUGGAUCUCUGGGUAUCAACCUUUAUGCUGCUAACCGUGUAAUUAUAGUUGAUGGCUCUUGGAAUCCAACUCAUGAUCUUCAAGCUAUAUAUCGAGCUUGGAGGUAUGGUCAAACAAAACCUGUUUUUGCUUACCGUUUACUUGCACAUGGAACGAUGGAGGAAAAGAUAUACAAGCGUCAGGUGACAAAGGAAGGUCUUGCCGCACGGGUGGUCGACAGACAACAAGUAUAUAGAACUAUAUCCAAAGAGGAAAUGUUGCAUCUUUUUGAAUUCGGAGAUGACGAAAGCUCUGAUAUACCUCUGGAGUUGAAGCAAGCAAGAGAACAUGCUGGUGAAGCAAACACAACUGUAGAUGUUGGAAGUGUUUCGAAACAAAAGUUAACCUUUCCAAAUGGAAGCUCUACUUCUGACAAGCUAAUGCAAAGUUUGAUUGACAGCCAUCAUCCACGGUGGAUUGCAAAUUAUCAUUUGCACGAGAGUCUCUUGCAAGAGAACGAGGACGAAAAGCUAUCAAAAGAAGAGCAGGAAAUGGCGUGGGAAGUGUAUCGGAGAUCUAUUGAAUGGGAAGAGAGGCGAAUUUCGCCUGAUGAGCCCGUAGCUGAGCGUCAGCAUGUCUCUACUUCUGAAUCAUUGCCAAAGCAAAAGCCAGUGGUUUCCACCGCCAGCCUUUUGCCGCCAGAGGACAGUAAUCUUGUAUUUUCAAUGGGGAGUACAAGAUGCCGUUUGGUGCCAAGGAAGUGCACAAACUUAUCACAUUUACUUACACUUAGAAGUCAAGGAACCAAAUGGGGUUGUAGCACUGUUUGUGGGGAAUGUGCUCAGGAGAUAAGUUGGGAGGGCCUUAACAACAGGGAUGGCAGAUCAGCAAAGUGAUGCUGUCUAUGUAUUUAUACUAAUUAUCUUCUUUUUGUUUCCAACUUUUGUUGCAAUUCAAUAUAAUUUUUAGGGGUGAAUAGCAUUCUGUUUCAUGUUUCAGCCAUAGUUGGAUAAACAAUUCUCUUUUUUGGAUAGGGUAGAAGGAAGUGCCUUUUUGGAGAUUGGCCUUUUGUAAAGUUAAAAUGUUGUCAUCAAUUGUAUUUUGACCACAGAGAGGAGAAAACAAACUGGUUGUAGCGCUUGUCGUUUUGCAAAAAAGAAAACCCCUCUUUUUCUGCUACCACUUGCAGCUUUAAACAGUUGAAUGCAAUUACACGAUGAUGCCUAUUAAUAUCAUUCUGUUCAAAAUUA